UCCAAAGUACAAAGUUCAAAUUCAAAUUUAAUUCCCCUAGCUGCAUUCUUCUAUAUAUAUAAAUAUCUCGGAUCACUUUCUUUCCCUCAUCAAUCAUAAUAUUCUCUUAGUCCGGCCUUCCAAAAAUAGAAACAAGAAGAAUGGUUGUACCAUCUCCUUCUCCGAUGCGAACCAAGAAAACCAAAGCAGUAGGGAUUCCCACCAUCGAUCUUUCGACCUACAACCGGUCGAAGCUAGCGGAACUGGUCGUCGAAGCCUGCGAAGAAUAUGGUUUCUUCAAGGUGGUGAACCAUGGCGUUCCAAAAGAGGUCAUUGCCAGGAUAGAAGAAGAAGGGUUUGAUUUUUUCGCCAAACCCGCGGCGGAGAAGCAACGAGCUGGCCCGGCUUCUCCUUUCGGUUAUGGAAGCAAAAACAUUGGCCGCAAUGGCGACAUGGGCGAGCUCGAGUACCUUCUUCUUCAAUCCAAUCCUCUCUCCAUUUCUGAAACAUCCAAUGCCGUCUCCAAUGACCCUACAAAAUUCAGCUGCGUUGUAAACGACUACAUAGAAGCAGUUAAAGAAUUGGCAUGUGAGGUUCUUGAUCUGGUCGGAGAAGGUCUAUGGGUUUCGGACAAGUCUGUAUUCAGUGGCUUCAUUAGAGACGUCCAGAGCGACUCGAUUCUCCGGCUGAACCACUAUCCACCACUGGUGGAUAAGGACCCAUCCGCAAAACUAGCUCAUCCUUGUGCGAAUAACAAUACUAGGAUUGGAUUUGGAGAGCAUUCCGACCCCCAGAUUUUGACCAUUUUGAGAUCUAACGAUGUCGGAGGCCUUCAGAUUUCUCUUUAUGAUGGCUUGUGGGUUCCAGUCCCGCCGGACUCGAAUGAGUUUUUUGUCAUGGUCGGUGAUGUCUUGCAGGCUUUGACGAAUGGUCGGUUUCAGAGUGUGAGGCACAGGGCAUUGGCUAACUCUGUAACGAAGCCAAGAAUGUCUAUGGUCUACUUUGGGGCACCAUCCCUAAACGCAUGGAUCUCGCCCCUUCCUGAGAUGGUGUCUCCCCAGAAGCCAAGUCUGUAUAAACCAUUCACAUGGGGUCAAUACAAGAAAGCUGCAUACACUACACGUUUGGGAGAUUCUCGUCUUGACAAUUUCAAAAUUACAAAUAAUCCAUCUACAUGCUUGGACAAUCUUGUAGAUCAAUAGAAUCAGUGGUUGAUGAUGAUCAUGUUCAUAUAGAGAGUAACAUUUUGAUUAAUUAAUAGGUAGCCAGGUAUAUAGUUAAGUUUAGUAAGUGUAUAUGUUUCAUGAGUAGAGGGGUCACAUAUAGGAGGCAGUUGGUUGCGCUUUUCAAUCUAUAUCAGUGGAAUUUUUGCUUUGAUUUUGAUUUCUGAGCAUUAAUUUCCCUCUGAUCUAUGGUUGCAUGUUUGGAGUUUUUUUUUUUUUGAAAGGGCAUGUUUGGAGUUAUUUGUUUGUUA